AUGGCCCUGCAGCUCCUACUCCAUGUGGCCUUCCUCAGGCUCAGCGCCACCGCCGGGCCCUCGGUCCAGGCGCGGGACUUUAGAACACCGGCAGUUGCCUGGCCAUCCUACUUCGACUUCAACUGGCCCCAGGAGGUUCAGGAAACCAUCCAGAUUCCGAACAAUGGGAGCGCGCCCCUGCUCGUGGACGUGCGGGUGUUUGUGUCCAACGUGUUUAACGUGGACAUCCUGCGGUACACAGUGUCCUCCAUGCUGCUGCUUCGGCUGUCCUGGCUGGACACUCGCCUGGCCUGGAACGCGAGUGUGCGCCCACGGCGUGCAGUCACACUGCCCUGGGACUCACUCUGGACUCCAGGACUCACCAUCCAGGAGGCGCUCUGGGUGGACUGGCAGGAUCAGAGCCCGAGGGCCCGAGUGGACCCCGACGGCCACGUUGACCUGUACUUGACCCUCACCACCGAGACCAACUGUGAUUUUGAGCUCCUCCACUUCCCCAGGGACCAGAGCGACUGCAACCUCAGCUUCUACGCUCUCGGCAACACUGCCCUGGAGCUGGAGUUCCGGGCGCACGCAGUGAACGAGAUUGUGAGCGUCAAGAGGGAAUACGUAGUUCGGGAUCUGAAAACCCAAGUCCCACCCCAGCAGCUGGUGCCCUGCUUCCAGGUGACGCUGCGCCUGCAGAACACAGCGCUGAAGGCCAUCAUAGCUCUGCUGGUACCCGGGGAGGCCCUGCUGUUGGCGGACGUGUGCGGGGGGCUACUGCCCCUCCAGGCCACCGAGCGCAUUGCCUACAAGGUGACCCUGCUGCUGGGCUACCUGGUCUUCCACUCCUCCCUGGUGCAGGCCCUGCCCAGCUCCUCCUCCUGCAACCCACUGCUCAUUUACUACUUCACUGUGCUGCUGCUGCUGCUCUUUGCCAGCACCAUGGAGACCGUGCUGCUGGCCGCGCUGCUGGCCCGGGGCGACCUCAGGGCCAAGAGCGGCCCCAGCCCGACCCCUAGAGCGGAGCAGCACGGUCACGGGGACUCAGAGCCAAAUCCUGAAGGAGCCCCCAGGGUGAAGGGGUCGAGAAGGAGCCAGGCCGAGGCUGCUGACCACGUCUUCUUCCUGGUGUAUGUGGUGGGUGUAGUGUGCAGCCAAUUUUUCUUCAUCGGGCUCUGGAUGUGGGCGACGUGCAAGUCUGACCCAGCUCCCGGCAAGGCCGUGCCCCAUGGCGGGCAGCCCAGGCUGUGACAGCUCAGGGCCCGGGGCUGCGCACCCAGGGGAAGGGCCAUGACAGCGUCUCUGGAGAAAGGAGGAGGUCAACUCUUCUCCGAAGCCCAGAGGAUCCCAGGCCACCCUGAGUUCUCCCUUCUGAUAGCCGUGAAAGC